GUGGCUUAGUGUCCUUGGGUGCCAGCUGCCCUUCCCCCUCCCCACUCCUGCCCACCCCCUGAAUUUUCAUCAGUAGGAAUACCUGCUCUCCGCACUUGGCCCCCAAUGAACAAACACAGAUGAAUGUGGAUAUUACUCUGCGCAACAGCCCAGCCCUCUCAGGACCGUCACACAAGCCAGAGAGCUGCGGCAUGCUGACCAGACCCACUGGGCUCGCUUGGCGUGCUCCCCCCACCAUACCCGGCUCCUGGUCCUGACAGUAUGCCCGCCCCGUACCAACCUCAUCACUGCCUUGCCUGGUUGCCUGGCUUCUUGUGCCCAAAGCCUCUGCCACCCCCAGCUUCCCUUGCACUGUGCCCUCCAGCCCCCAGCAGGCCCAUUCUCCCUGUCGCGGGCCCCUGUGUGGCCUCCUCUGUCCAGGCCUUCUGAGAGCGGGCAGUGCUGCAGCGUGCACCUCUGGGUCCCAGCCCUGCUGCUCACAGAACCUCCCUAGACCCGGAGCCCGCUCUUCCUGUGGCUUCCUUGGCCACUUGGUUGACCUGCUGGCACCUGUGUCCCCACUGUUGUUGGUGGAGCCCUGAGGGCAGACUGGCAGUGGUGAGCAUGGUGUCUGGGUUCGUGUGGCAUCACAGGGCUGGGGGAUGGCCUUGCCAGGGCAGAGGAAGGCCCACAGGCACAUGGACAUCCUGAGCCUCACUGGGCUGCUGGUUCUGUAGAGAUGAGUUCCACACUGCCCUUGUGGCUGAGGGACCGGCCUAGUGGGGAGAAGGGUACUGCGGUGUGUCGUGCCUGCUGCCGCUGCGCUGCUCAGGGAGGGGGGCCACCGGGGGCCGUCCCCCUCUGCUGUGGCGCCCGGAGAGUGUGUGUGCACCGGGUCAGUGUGCCGUCUCUGUGUCCAGGCUGUGCGUGUGCAUGCAGUCGAGACACCACAGCCCUCGUGGCAGCUGGAGUUGAUGGGGUGAGCCCGCCUUGGCUGCUUUCCCGAUGGCUCUGUGCUCCCCACAGCACCUGGUGUCAUGGCUGUGUCCUGACUCCUGCAGGGCUUCGUACGGACAGGGUCUGAGGGGCAGUGGCUGGAGAUGCUGGAGUCUCUUGAUUGGCAGGAAGCACAGGAAGUAUGGCUUCUACACGGGUAGAGGUUCCUGAUGAGCCCGUAGUGUCAGUGGUGGGGGCUGUCACUGCCCUUGGGGUCCACAAUGACUCAGGUUGAGGAGAGAGCACUGCCCUCUCAGGUGUUUGCAUUUUCAGAAUGUGGUGGUCUCCUGUGUGCAGACCACCGGAAGGAAGGCUGGGGCGUGCUGCUCUCUGCAGCCCCAUGGGGAGCUGCUCAGGACGUUUCUCUUGGGCUGGGUGCCCUGUGGCUCUGGCUGGCAGCCUUGGCCCAGCCCCAUCCAGGCACCCAGAGGCUGGUGGGCCCCUUCUCUGUCUAGGGCCAUCCAGCGGGAGAGCUACUUUGAGUGCCUCCAGCUGUGUACACACUGCAGGGCAGGAUCACCCAUCUGUCUGUCCGUCUGUCCCCAGUCUGAGCACUGACCAGGCUGGGCUGGGCCACACAAGGAUGAGGGUGCCCUUGACCCAGAGCUCGUCAGCAGAGCUGCUCCUGUGCUCAGAAGGGCUUUCCUGGGUGAGCACCUUGAGAUGGACUCCAGGACCUCUCUGAUGAGUCAUUCUUGCAGGCCGAGGAUGGCCCUGUCCCCUCCUUCUGACCCCACCCCCACCGCCUUUUCUGCCCUGCCACUUUGAAAGGCCAAUUCAGAUGCUCCCUUAUUUAACCAGCCUUGGCCGGCCCUUGCCUCUGGAAAGGGAGCAGCUGUUUGUCUCUGCCAGGCGUCCCAUUGGCCAGGGAGUGAGGGUGGAGGGCCGAGAGGCUGGAGGGCCUGGGCAGCAGGCACUUGCGUGUGCUGGCCAGCCGGUACCCCACCCGCUUCCCUUCCCUACUACCCACAUCAUGCUGAGAGAGCACUGCAGUCUCCCCGAAGACCAAGCCCUGCCCAGCCAGUCCCCCAAAACCGGACUCUGCUGCAAAAUGGUGCUUCAGGCUGUCAGCAAAGUGCUCAGGAAGUCUAAAGCCAAGCCCAAUGGCAAGAAGCCUGCUGCGGAGGAGAGGAAGGCCUACCUGGAGCCCGAGCACACCAAGGCCAGGAUCACCGACUUCCAGUUCAAGGAGCUGGUGGUGCUGCCCCGCGAGAUUGACCUUAACGAGUGGCUGGCCAGCAACAGUGCGCGUGGGCCUGGGGCCACAACAUUUUUCCACCACAUCAACCUGCAGUAUAGCACCAUCUCCGAGUUCUGCACAGGAGAGACGUGUCAGACGAUGGCCGUGUGCAACACACAGUACUACUGGUAUGAUGAGCGGGGGAAGAAGGUCAAGUGCACGGCCCCGCAGUACGUCGAUUUCGUCAUGAGCUCCGUGCAAAAGCUGGUGACGGAUGAGGACGUGUUCCCCACAAAAUAUGAGAAUUCCCCACCUCUUUUGAGUCCCUGGUGAGGAAGAUCUGCAGACACCUUUUCCACGUGCUGGCACACAUCUACUGGGCCCACUUCAAGGAGACGCUGGCCCUGGAGCUGCACGGACACUUGAACACGCUGUACGUCCACUUUAUCCUCUUUGCCCGGGAGUUCAACCUGCUGGACCCCAAAGAGACCGCCGUCAUGGACGACCUCACCGAGGUGCUGUGCAGUGGGGCCGGCGGGGUCCACAGUGGGGGCAGCGGGGACGGGGCCGGCAGCGGGGGCCCAGGAGCACAGAACCACGUGAAGGAGAGAUGAGCCCCACGGGCCGGACAGGGGCGCACGUGUGCAAAGAGACGGUGGCGUGUGUCCUCUCCGUGCACCUGUGCGUGCACACGUGCUGGGCACGCGUGCAGCGAGUCUGAGAAGGCCCUGGCUGCACUGGUGUGGGCUGCACAGACGCAGAUGGCCCGGCCAUGUCCUGCGGCCCCUGUCGGAUGGAUGCGUGCCGUUUGUAGAGAAGAGCCUUUGGGCCCGUUUGCUUGUUCCACAGACACACGUGGGACUGAUGCUUUGAGUUUCUCUGUGGGGUUUUCCUUUCUCUGGUCUCCGUGCAGCCCCGGCCCUCCAGGGUGCUGGUGGCCUCAAAGGAGGAACUCUUGGUGGAGGUGGGGGCGCCUCCCCCAGGAGGGCGUGAUUUGCAGACUUGGGUCUCUGCUCUGCUUUGGGGGUGGGGCUUGCUUUCACAGAGACCCCCUCCUCCCUGCUCGCCCCUUCCUUUCCCGGCCUUGCCAGGGUCUUGGCUGUUGGCAGCUCAGAGGUGGGUGAGGCCUGGGGUGCGGGUGCCCUGCACCUGCUCCUGCUCCUGUUGCCCCUUCCUGCUGUCUCCUCUGUGCCCAAGGAGCGCCCAUGGUGCAGUCCUCAGGCAGGGCCAGGAUGGGGCUGAGGCCCUGCGUGGAGAUGCUGCACCAGCAGAAGGCCGAGACCCACUUCCCUUAGCUCAUCUGUUCACUCUUAAUAAAAAGAAUUCUCUCAGGUCAGA